CAGUUGAGCUGCCGGCACAGACUGAGACCAGAGGUUAAAUAUAGAGCCCAGUCUCACCCCUGAUGACCGCCAGCAAACAGGCUGAAGCAGAGCGGCCAAACUUCCUGUGGCAAGAGGAAGAGCCCAAUUUGAUUUCAGCUAAAAGAAGAAGUCUGUUUAUUCUCAGCUCGCCUCCUGCUCCCUUUUGACUCCAACUCUGAGGCUGAGCAGACCAAACUGAGGCUGAAGCUUCUUGUCACUCUGCUGGGGCUCCUUUAACUCUGAUCUGAAUUGGAGGGAAGGUUAGCGCAACCACAAGGAGACCAGAACAUCAUGAGGCUGUGACAAUCCACAGCAGAGGAGGAAAGCCAGGACCAACCUGGGAUUGAACAGCAAAGAGACGGGGUUCAAAAUGCGAUCAAGAAGUUGCACUGGAGAGGAACAGGAAUGUGGGCCCAUCCAGCCCACAAAAGGCUUCAUCUUGCAGGAAGAAGAGGAGCAGAUACCACAGCUGACAAAAACAAGGAUGAAAAUUCCAAGAGAAGAGAAGAGCGGGAGAACAAGUGAGCCCGAAAAGGCAAAGAAAUCUGAAAAAGCAAAAGAGGCUUGGAAAACACAAACAGCAAAUCUGUCAAAGGAGCAUUUGGUACACCUGCUGGGAGUCAUGGAAGGAGAAGUUCAGGCCAGAGAGGACAUAAUUGGUCUGCUGGAAACUGAGAGAACCAGACCAGAGACUCUGGAGGCCCACUAUGGCUUUGCUGUUCCCACCAAACCCCUACAGGCUCUGCAGAGAGACGCCCAGCUCUUCCAGGGGAGCAGCGCAGAAGACGUGUAUGAGAAGCCCAUGGCUGAGUUGGACCGGCUGGAGGACAAACAGAAGGAGACGUACAGGCGGAUGCUGGAGCAGCUGCUGCUGGCAGAGAAGUGCCACAGGCGGACGGUGAUGGAGCUGGACAACGAGAAGCGCAAACACGCAGACUUCAUGGACAAGAGCGACGACUUCACAAACCUGCUGGAGCAGGAAAGGGAGAGACUCAAACUGCUAUUGGAGCAAGAGAAGGCCUACCAGGCACGAAGGGACAAGGAGCACAACAGAAGAAUGGAGAAGGUCAGGGCUGAGCUGAUUAAGCUCAAGUCCUUCGCCCUGAUGCUGGUGGAUGAGCGACAGAUGCACAUCGAUCAGAUUGAUCAGCAGAGCCAGAAAAUUCAGGAUCUCACUCAAAAGCUGCAGGACAAAGAGCAGCAACUGACAGCCACAACUGACGCCGCCAGCGAGGAUGGGCAAAAAGUUCUGAAGCUGCAGGCUGAGCUGGAGCACCAACAUGCCAAAUUCACACAAGAGCAUGGAGAGAUGGCUGUAAAGUUGGCUGACCAAGAGUCCCAAAGCCGGGAGCUGAGGCUGAAGCUGGCUGAAAAGGCCCGUGAGGUCGAGGAGCUAGAAGAAGGUAAAGAAGAGCUGCAGAAAUCAAAGACUGAUCUGCAGGAGCUGAGGGAGAAGAUCGGCAAAGGAGAGUGCGGGAAUUCCUCGCUCGUGGCUGAGUUGGAGAGUUUACGAAAAAAGGUGCAGGAGAUGGAAGGAAAAGAUGAGGAGAUUACAAAGAUGGAAACUCAGUGCAGGGAACUGGGGAAGCGGCUACAAGCUAAGGAGAACCACAGCAAGGAGCUACGGCUGGAGGUGGACAAACUCCAGAAGAAAAUGGCUGAUCUAGAAAAACUGGAGGGGUCAUUCAACAAGAGUACAACCGAAUGCAAGCAGCUCCAUGCAAACCUGGAAAAAGAGAGGAGGAAUGUGAAGGAUUUAGCUUCUGAACUGGAGAGGCUGAAAGCCCACCUGAAGGAGCUCGAGUCUUCAGGAGCAAAACUAGAGAAGACGGAAACGACCCUGAAAGAUGACCUCAUGAAACUGAAGUCCUUCACGGUCAUAUUGGUAGACGAGAGGAAAAACUUAGCUGAGAGGCUUGAGCAGGCAGAGCAGAACAGGAACGACCUGAGUAAGAUGUUUAAAGAGGAGCAAAGCAAGGUUACAGAUGUUACAGAAAAGCUGAUCGAAGAGAGCAAAAAGCUUCUCAAAUUUAAAUCAGAGAUGGAAAUCCAAGCGACCAAUCUCAACAAAGAGAAGGAGGAGUUGAAAAGCAAAUUCGCAAGUGAGGAAGAAAAAUGUUUGGAGUUGAAAAACUCACUAAAAGAGAUGAAACUCCAAAUAGAUGGACUGGAGGAGAGUAAGUGUGCAUACAUGGGCAAAACCAGAAAUUCAGAGGACAACAAGGUGAAAGAGCUCAUGGAGGAAAUCGAAAGGCUCAAAGGCAGACUGAAGCAGCUUGAAGUGGUGGAGGGAGAUUUAAUGAAAACUGAGGACGAGUAUGAUCUGCUGGAGAAGAAAUUCAGAACGGAGCAGGACAAAGCAAACGCUCUCUCGAAAAUGGUGGAGGAGAUGAAAGGUCAGAUCAACAGAAACAAAGCCAUAGAGAAAGGAGAAGUUGUGAGUCCAGAAGCUGAGCUGAGAAGUCGCUGCAAGAUGGAGGAGGCAAAAAGCAGAGAGUUGCGUGCAGAAGUGCAGGCACUUAAAGAGAAAAUCCACGAACUCAUGAACAAGGAGGACCAGCUCUCGCAGCUGCAGGUGGACUUUUCCGUCCUCCAGCGUAGGUUCAUUGAAGAGGAGGAGAAGAAGAAGAGCAUGAGUCAGGAAGUAGAAGAGCUUAUCAAGGAACUCGAGGCCACAAAGCUUUACAGUCGUGCAUUUAGACCCAGCAUGAACGGCAGAAGAAUGGUGGACGUUCCAGUUACCUCCAAAGCCGUCCAGACAGAUGUCAUGACCAGAAAGAGUCCUGAAGAUGAAACCACAGCUGGUUUCAUUCGUCAAUCCGUUCAGGAGGAGAACCACUUGAUGAGUAACCUCAGACAGCAGGAUCUGAAGAAACCCUCGGUGUUGGAGCGGUACCCUCCAGCAUCGGCAGACCUCGGGGUGAGAAAAUCCUCACUUCCCUGGAUGAAAAAGAAGGAGGCCACCAAAAUCAACUGGUCAUCUUCACCUCAUCCUCCUGCGGCGGCUCAGAAACAAAGCCAACCGCUGCACAUUCGCGUCAUGCCCGAUCAUGACAGCAGCACAGCCACCUUGGAGAUCACCAGCCCGCGAGCGGAGGACUUCUUCUCUAGCACCACCAUCAUCCCAACUCUGGGACCUCAAAAGCCUCGCAUCACAAUUGUCCCUAAAAACUCAAAACCCAAAGGCUGUGAUGCAUCAGGAGGUCUUAAUCGAGCCAAGUCUCCGGUCACCAUAACUGCCAUUUCUAGAGCCAAGAGUCCAGAAAAAAACAACAGUGGCAGCUAUCAGUCACCCGUCUCCAUCAUCACAGUCAGCGCAACACCUGUGGCUGAAGCAUGCGUGUCGUCGGACCUUCAUGAAAUCCAAACGGGGCGCACAGGGUUCAAGCUGACUCCAGAGAAGCGGGCUGGGACCCCACCUGCCAGGAAAUACAACGACAGCAUCAUCAUGACGGAGGACAACAAGAUCCAUAUUCACCUGGGUCCACAGCUGAGGCAGUCCUUUGACGGCUGCACCAGGCCUGUGCUCACUCUGAGGCCCGCGGGGCAGAACUCUGAAAGCAAAGGAGUAGCGGCAGGAGUGGUACUCCAAUCUCAACUGCAGCCCUUGGCAGUGAAGACGACCCAGGGCAAAAUGACAAGCAGCAUAACGAUCACCCCCAUCACUGCCGCCGCCGCCAAACCAACGCAGUCUGUGCCCAGUUCAGACGCACAGGCAGCUCGAAACACAGCCACACGGAUCCCGGUGUCAAAAUGUUCUAAAACGUGCGGGAAGGCCGUCCUGGGCUUGUCAACAGUGACGAGGUUGGAGUCACGAGCUGAGGCACAGGCCAUGAAAAUCGAGCUGAGGAGGUCGACUGUGUGCAACUGUUCCUCUGCAGCAGGAGGCAAAAGCUGAAGCGGUAACCAGGAACCAUGACUACAACAAAAAUCUGUUGGCCAAAUGGGAUGCAGGCCAUACCUAAAAAGUAUGGGGGAUUUCACUUACUUUCAAAAUAAAUGAUCCUAUUUUAAUCUUUUAUGUUAACUGCACAUAAAGCUGUGCUGGGUGCACAUUGGUUGAUCUUCCUGUUUGUUGUCCAAUCAUGAGUUUUCUUAUAUUCGUAGCAUGAUUUCAUUGCUCUACAACGCUCUGGGAGGUUUCUAUUCACCAAAACACUGUGCAUUUGGGACAAGCACCAAAAUAAAACUAUUUAUCUAAAUAAA